CUUAUCUCAAAAUUCCCCAUACUCGCAUCUGCGCCCCUCAUUGCCUACCCAGCCAUGGCUUCGCGACACGACAAAACCAAGUCCCAAUUCAACGAGGUCAUGAAGGACCUGAAACACAUCACCGACCAUCAAAGUGAUCCGUCGCAGAUCCACAUCGAGAAUUUCAUCGGCUUCACCCGGGUGCCCGUGGGUCUGGUUGGGCCGUUGCGAGUGCAUGAGUCCGGAGCACCUGGUGAGGGUGAGGGUGAGGGCGAGGGCGAGGAUGUGUACGCGCCGCUGGCCACCACGGAGGCAGCCCUAGUGGCGAGCUGCAGUCGCGGGUGCAAGGCGUUCAAUCAAUGCGGGGGAAUUCAUUUCGAAACCUUGAGUGAUGGCAUGUCGAGAACACCCGCAUUCAAGUUCACCUCACCGGCCUCGGCACUGGCCUUCGCGCGACAAGUCCCCUCAUUCCAGAGCGAGCUCACCAAGGUGGCCGAAUCCAGCAGCCGACAUCUCCAACUUCUAUCCCUAACCCCAACGGUAAUCGGAUCCACCACACACGUCCACUUCAACUACACGAGCGGCGACGCAGCGGGACAAAACAUGGUAUCGAUUGCCACGCACCGCGCAUGCCACUGGCUGCUCUCAUCCGACAGAUCCAAACCCCUCAACAUCCAAGCCUUCAUCCUCGAAGGAAGCCUCUCCUCGGACAAGAAAUCCAGCUGGACCAACACCGUCAACCACCCGCGGGGGGUAGAAGCAAUGGCAUGGGGAUCGAUCACCAAUGAAGUCGCACGCGCCACACUCGGCUGCUCGACGGAACAGCUGCACCAGACCUUCACGGGCAUGGUAAACGGGGGGAUCCGGGCGGGGAUCCACGGCAAUGGGGCGAAUGCGAUGAACGUCGUGGCGGCGAUGUUCAUCGCGACUGGCCAGGACGUGGCGAGUGUGGCGGAGGCGUGUUGGAAUCAGCUCACGCCGGAGUAUGACUUCGAGACGAAGGUGCUGACGCUGUCGUUGUAUGUGCCGUCUCUUCCAGUGGGGACGGUGGGUGGGGGCACGCAUCUGGACUCCCAGCGGGAGGGUCUCGAGAUCUUGAAGUGCAAUGGGCGCGGGAAGAAGAGACGGCUGGCUGGGCUGGUGGUCGCGUUUGCGCUCGCCUUGGAUGUUAGUACCAUUGCGGCGUUUACGAAUGAUACCUUUGCGCAGAGCCAUGAUCGGCUGCGGAGGAAGGCUGGGAGUGCGAAGAUCUAGGCAACUUGUGAGCUCGAUACUGGUGUAGCGAUAUGUAGACGUACCUAAGGAGACUCGUGACCUCGAUUAACCACCAUCUAACACUACCCCAGCUAGCUUGCACAAGUGAUACAGCAGUCCAAUCCACCAAACUUCAGUAUAAAUG